UUCUCGCUUUUCUCCCCACCUCCCUCCUCCUCGCGUUUCCGCAGUGUCAUGAUUUCCGUUUCCCUCAAAGAAAGAAGGGUAAGGGGGACGAGAAGGAGAGAGGGCUCCCAAUCCUGCAGCUUCCAUGUGGCCCCCAGCCGACCCCGAGCCCGCCGGCGCCCCGGAUGGCCCCCAAACCCAGAGCCUGAGAGCUCUGCUCCCCACGCGGGAGUUCUUGUGCUCCCGUAAGGGCCGGCUUCUGUUAGGAGAAUCGGUCCUCUCUUUCAUCAUCUUUAUCUGCUACAUCGCGUCCACGGCAGCGUCCUUCCUGACUGUGCCCCUCCUGAAAUUCCUACUGGCCCUCUGCUUCUUCUUCAGCUACUUCAUGAAGAUCAACGAGAAGUUCCCAGGGAUCUGUUGGCCUCUCUCGGACUUCCUUCGAUGUGUCACAGCUGCCAUCAUCUACUUUGCCAUAUCCAUCACUGCCAUCUCCAAGUAUUCAGAUGGGGCUGCCAAAGCAGCUGGGGUCUUUGGCUUCAUUGCCACAAUCGUGUACGCCUUGGACUUCUAUAUCAUCUUUAAUGAUCUGUCCAAAUUUCUCAAACAAGGAAAUUCUGCCAGUGACCCAGAAGCUGAAAAAUCAGAAGAGGAAGACUCCAAUUCUGAUUCUGACUGAUGACUGACCAGUUGGAUGAUAUUACUGCGCAAGCCACCGAGGGAAUCUCAGUGGGUGCUUUCAUUUUUUAGCCUCAAAGUGCACUGCCAGCCGGGAAUGAGGCUUUUCCUCUUACGCUGGACGUUGCCUCUCAUUCCUUCUACAUUACUGUUUGUUUCCCAGCUGGCUGUGGCUGCAGAGAACAAUACAGCUCUUAACUCUCACCCUUCUCCACUCUGUCCUCUACAGAAAUCCUAAACCGUUGCUGCAGUCUGCACACCUUCCCCAUGUCCAAGUGCCUUUUCCAUAUCAGAUUUCCUUGCCAGUCUUUGGUUAGUGAAGCUAACUCAACAAUCCAAGAUGUUAAACUUAUAAUAACGGAGAACUUACUUAACACAAAUGUCUCUCCCAAACCAAUGAGCCAGUUAGACUUCUGUGUCAGAGGUGAAUGCAGUGCCAUGGAGGCCUUAAGUCUUUCAGGUCCCAUAAUGCCAUGUAAGUCUUGCUACCUCGGUUUUUACCACACAUUAUAUAUGAUAGAAUCUAUAGGGGAAAAGGUAUCCUCGUACCCCUUAUGGCUUCACUGUCUCCAGGAAUCUUUAUUGUAACACAUGCAAUCUUGCUCAUCAAAAGAUUAAUAUUUACAAGGAGAGUUUCAUUUUCUGCUAUCAAAAAACUCUACCUCCUAUUGUCCCCUUGAGACAGAGGAGGAAAACUGAGGCUUAGGGCACUUACCCAAGAUCACAACAGGAAUCACUUUACAGAGUAUCUCUUUUUUUCUUUUUCCCUCUGAGGCAGUUGAGGUUAAGUGACUUGCCCAGGGUCACACAGCCAGGCAGUGCUAAGUGUCUGAGGCCAGACUUGAACUAAGGUCCUCCUGACUUUAGGGCGCCACCUAGCUGCCCCAUGGAGUCACAUUUGUUAAAAGAUUGUUUUUCUUAGCUGGCCGUCUGCCUUUAAGACUUGCUCAAUCACAAUGGACAAAACUUAACUUUUCAAUGCUUCCAAGCAACUCUAAGACUCUAUGUUCUGAUGAAUUAUUAAUCUGCUUCAGUGGACAACUCCCACCAAGUGAGAGGCACACACUAAUUAAGUCACAGGUUUAUUUUUCACUCUGACAUAGCAAUCAAAAACCAUUAUAAAGCACCUAUAGUGUAUCACAAACUGCUACGUGGACACUUUUCUCUCUCUCUCUGUGUGUAUUUCUCUAUCUCUCUCACUCUCUAUCUCCCUCUCUCUCUCCAUCUCUGUCUCUUUCACUUUCUCUCUCUCCUGUUCCCUCUUUAUCUUCAUCUGUUUCUCUCACUUUCUCCAUCUCUGUGCAUCUCUGUCUCAUUUUCUCUGUCUCACUUUCUCUGUGUGUCCCUCACUUUCUGUCUCUGUAUCUCUGUCUCACUUUCUCUUUCUGUGUCUGUGUGUCUCUCACUUUCCCUGUCUCUUUCUCUGUGUGUCUCUCACUUUCUGUCUCUGUAUCUCUGUCUCACUUUUUCUGUGUCUCUCACUUUCUCUGUCUCUGUGUAUCUCUCUCUGUCUCACUUUCUUUGUGUGUCCCUCACUUUCUGUCUCUGUAUCUGUCUCACUUUCUCUUUCUGUGUCUUUGUGUCUCUCACUUUCUCUGUCUCUGUGUAUCUCUGUCUCACUUUCUCUGUGUCUCUCACUUUCUCUGUCUCUGUUUAUCUCUCUUACUUUCUCUCUGUCUCUCCCCCCACCAUGAGCACACAUCGCGUGUGUACACGCACACGCACACAUGCACACACACACACAGACACAGCCUUGAAGCAAUACCCACUUGAGGCAUUUGACAUUCUGAAUAAUAGUUGUCUAAGAAUCUAAUAUUAAACAGUUGCUUUCUUUUUCUUGGUCUCGGUACAUAAGGACAAUUCUGACAUCUUCCAUUUCAAACAGUAAAUACUCAUCACUCCAUUGGGACCUGAAUGAAUACACCUAAUUCCAGAUAUGAGGGUAACUAGGAUGUAGUUCUAACGGACUAACCUCGAGAAGUGAGCUGUCACCUUUCAAUAGGAAAGGACACCAUUCAGCCUUGUAUAAAACAGAUGACACAAAUAUCAAAGUAGGAAGGGCCUUCAGAGACAAGGUGAUGAUAAAAUCUACCAGCAGUUUGCAUUUCUUUAAGACUCUUUAAGGUCUUCCUCCCAACAGCCCAGGGAAUGAGGUGAUAACAAGUAUAUAUUAUCCCCAUUUGACAGAUAAAGAAACAAACUCAGGGGAAAGAAAAUCAGCAACAGUCACACGAUGGCUGUUGGUAGCCAAACCCUUGUUCCAAAUGGGUGCCUGCUAGCAGGCUAGGGGCACUCGGGGGCAGAGAAGACCAAAGUACUGUGGAAACUACAACAUAGCCAAUAACCUUCUCCAAGGAUGAGAAGGACUGUCUUUAAGCAUUUCAGGAAACUGUGAUAUUGUAUGUAUCUAUCUCUCUUAAACAAGAUGUAAUCUUUCAAUACAUUUUAUAUAAAAUUUAAGCCUAAAAGCUUUGCAAUUAAUAUGAAUGUUUAAGUGCCUCUGAUUUAUAAAAUUUUUCACUUGUUAAUAUACUGCAUGUCAAUCCAUGAAAAGGCAAGAUAGAUUAAAUCAUAGUGAUUA